CAUCUCUAUAACCUAUGUAACACUUUAUUAUGCAAUCAUUUUUUUUUUAUAGUUUAAUUUUAUGCACCAAAUUAAUUAUCCAAGUGCAAAUUUUUACGCACAACACACGCUUUGUUGUACCUGUCAUCUGAUUAUAGGUGUAGAAAAUCAAAUAUUCAAUAUGUAUAUAUACAUAUACAUAUAUAUAGAUAUAUAGACUAUUUGAAGCCAUGCUACUAAGAUUUUUAUUUUCUCACUUUAUUGCAUUUAUAAUAAGGUCAAAAGUAUGACACGCCUGAUGAUAUAAAUAAUGUCUGAUAUGAAAAAAAAUUCACUAUAAAGUAGCAUUGUGAAGGCAAUUAGUGAACGGCUACUCAAUUUAUCCGCGUACAAAUUAAAUUUUUUUUAAAAUAAUGUCUGAACAAAAAGCAGUUAUCAAAAAUGCCGAUAUGUCAGAAGAUAUGCAACAAGAUGCUGUGGAUUGUGCAACACAAGCCUUAGAAAAAUAUAAUAUAGAAAAAGAUAUAGCAGCAUUUAUAAAGAAAGAAUUUGAUAAGAAAUAUAAUCCUACAUGGCAUUGUAUUGUUGGACGAAAUUUCGGAAGUUAUGUAACGCAUGAAACAAAACAUUUCAUCUAUUUUUACUUGGGACAACAAGCAAUUCUUCUCUUCAAGUCUGGUUAAUUCGGAGAAAACCAAAAAUGCAAGAGAAAUGCCACCAAAACAAACAUUGUAAUACAUAUCUGAUUUUUCUACACGCAGCGUAACCCAAUUAACACGAUUUUCUGUAGUUCUCAUUAUUUACCGACUUCAUCUUUCUAUCAACAAACAUAGAAACUUAUACAGGUUGAAUGAAGAUCACAGAACAGAAUAAAUAUUAGUAUGACAGAUUUUGUAUCCAGAUUGUUUUUUGUACUGGUCGUCAGUGUGUGCUUUUGUCUGUGGUAAUUUUAUAUAAUCGAAAAUGAAGCUUCUUCAUUAUUAAUAAACAAUUCAAAUAAACUAUUAUUCGUACAG